UGUGACGGGUCUCAUCUAUUUGUUUAUCAUUGAAAGAGGGGAAUUUUUAUAAUUUCGUGGGAUCUGCAUUGAAUCGAAGUUGAGACUAUGGCAGAUGAGCAGGAGAUAAUGUGCAAAUUAGAAAACAUACUGGAAAUAAGAAACAAGACUCUUCAGAUGCAGAAGAUCAAAUCUCGUCUGAAAUCAGAGUUUGAAGCCCUUGAGUCUGAGGAGAAGCAUCUGAGAGAGUACAAACAGGAGAUGGACUUGCUUCUGCAGGAGAAGAUGGCCCAUGUGGAGGAGCUGCGACUGAUUCAUGCUGACAUCAAUGUGAUGGAAAGUACAAUCAAGCAGUCCGAGAAUGAUCUGAACAAACUGCUUGAGACCACGCGCCGUCUUCAUGAUGAGUACAAACCCCUCAAAGAGCAUGUGGAUGCACUGAGGAAGACUCUGGGCCUCCACCGACUGCCCAAUCUGAGUGAAGAAGAGGAGAGACUCUCGCUCGAGCGUGUCUGUCCUGUCACCAGCAAAUUCAUCGCAAUGCACCAAUAUGUCCCCUGUGCAAAGCCAAGAGCCGAUCCCGAAACCCCAAGAAACCCAAAAGGAAACCAGAUGAAUAGAUUCACAGAGGACUGUUCUUUCAACCUGUAUACAUUUCACGUAAGCAAAAUUGUGCAAGGUUUUUGUCUUCUGAUUGGUCACUGUGUACUGGUUAUAAAUGUGGGACAGGACCACAGUGCCAUAGCCUUUUCAGUGUGUUAACCCUAAAACAUGUUCCUCUUUAACCUUAUGUAAUUGAAAAAUCGAACUUGCUCUUUUUGAAUGAUUAUACCGUAAGUAUAUGGAUAUUUAAGACCCAGUGAAAUGUCUGUGUCGAGAAGCCCAUUGGUCACAGUCCAUCAAACCUUCAACCUGAUCC